AUGACAAAUUUGUGGGAUCAGUUGGCUCUUAUGGAAUCUAAUCAGUUGAAAGCAGUCAAAGCUUACAUUGAUCAGAGGGAAGAACAACGUCUAGUAUGGUUUCUGAUGGCUCUUCGUGAUGAUUUUGAGGGGCUUCGUGGGGGUAUUCUGCAUCGUAUACGUCUUCCUAAUGUUGAAUCAGUAGUUAGUGAAUUGUUGGCAAAAGAAAUUCGACUCAAGACUCAUUCCAUUAUGUCAAAUAAGGGUAUUCUCUCCACUCCUUCAUCUGUUUUUGCUGUUGCUCCUGCUCAAAGAGGAAAACCUCAAGGGAGGGUUGCGAUCGGUAAUGAUGAAUGUGCUUUUUGUAAAGAAAAAGGUCAUUGGAAAGCACAAUGUCCGAAAUUAGGGAGAGCGAAUAGGAAGAAUUUUAGGGGUCCGUCAUCAAAUGUUGUUGCUGCUGCUCCUUCUGCUUCUUCUACUGUUGGAUCUAGUUCUAGUUAUGCAUACUCAUCUGAUACGGCUUCUCAAAUAUCUGAUAUUACAGAGCAACUUCAGAAGCUUCUUUCCACUCAGUCACAUGCCAUGUCUGCCUCUUCUCCUAAAGGUUUGAACUCUUCAAGUGUGUCAGGUAAUUCUCCUUCCAUAUGGAUUCUUGAUUCUGGAGCAUCACACCAUAUGUCAUAUGAUGAUAAAUCUUUUGUGUCUAUGAAUCCUGUCUCAUCUAUGUCUGUUAUGACUGUUGAUGGCACCCCUAUGCCAUUAGCAGGCAUUGGUUCGGAUCCACAUUUCGGGAGGUUGAUUGGGACAGGCCAUAGACAAGGGGGACUUUAUGUUUUGGAUCACUUGAGAGCUUUUGACACUGCAGCCGCAACAUCCACUACUGAGUUAUUAUCUAGUUUUCGUUUAAAUUCUUAUUCUUCUGGUUUUUAUUUGUGGCAUUCUCGUCUUGGACAUGUUUCUGCUUCUAGAUUAAAGUAUUUGUCUUCUACUGGAGCUUUAGGAAAGUUACAAACCAGUGAUAUUUCAGAUAGUUGUGGUUGUAAACUUGCAAAAUUUUCAGCUUUACCCUUUAAUAAAAGUGGUGAAUAUACCUCAAAUAAAUUUUCUGAAUUACUUGCUUAUAAUGGCACAAUUCAUCAAACAUCUUGUACUAAUACUCCUCAACGGAUUGGGGUUGCUGAAAGGAAACAUCGUCAUAUCAUUGAAAUUGCUCAUUCCCUUUUGUUGUCUGCUUCAGUUCCUAGUGAGUUUUGGGGUGAAGCAGUGCUUACCGUUGUUCAUGCUAUUAAUAUAAUCCCUUCGUCAGUUAUAUCAGGUUUGGAGAUGUCUACUAUAAGUACACCACUAAUUCAUAUUGAUCUGUUUGGUUCUAAUGAUAACGUUUCAAGUGAUAGUAAUGUUGAGAGUUGCAGGAUAAACUCUAUGCCCCAAGAUGAUAAUGUCCCCCCGACUGUCCAAUCACCUCCUAUAGCUGUUGAUCCUCCUUCUCCAUCUCCUCGUUAUCCAACUCGUCAACGUACGUCCACUCAGUUACCUGAAUUUAUUUAUUCUAUGUACUCUGCUUCAUUUGCUUCUUUCUUAACUACUAUUCACAGUUUGUCUGAGCCUUCUUCCUACAAAGAGGCUAUUCUCGAUCCUCUUUGGCAGCAUGCCAUGACUGAAGAGCUUUCUGCAUUGCACAAAACAAAUACUUGGGAAUUAGUACCACUUCCUUUUGGAAAACGUGCUAUUGGGUCUCGUUGGGUAUACGAGAUCAAAACUAAGUCUGAUGGGUCCGUUGAACGCUACAAAGCUCGUCUUGUCGCUAAGGGAUUCGCUCAACAGUAUGGUAUGGAUUAUGAAGAAACAUAUGCUCCCGUUGCAAAAAUGACCACUAUCCACACUCUUAUUGUUGUUGCAUCUAUACGUCAGUGA